GCUACCUUUCCUCCACUGAUCGACAACACUCACUAAAAACGCAAUGCCUCCACGAAAGAAAACGGCGAAGGGAAGCGUGCGCGCUCCUUCAACUCCAGUGGCUGAUGAAGAUGCCAUGGCCAUUGACACACCUCAGCCGGCAGAACCUGCAGGUCCAGCAAAACCUAGCUACGAUAUUACAAAGGACCCAUGGACAGACGAACAGGAGACUUCACUCUUCAAGGGAAUCAUUAAAUGGAAGCCAGCUGGUAUGCACAAGCACUUUCGCAUGAUUGCAUUGUCUGAACAUCUACGAAAUCAUGGCUACGAUCCGACCGUCGAUCAACACACUCGCAUACCUGGUGUUUGGGAGAAGCUGAGAACUCUAUAUAGCCUGGAUCUGAUCGAUGAACGAGAAAAUUUCGAGAUUGAGGACCAGGACAAGUACUUGGAGUUCAAGCUUCCAGAGGAGGAAUACGACGAGGUAACAUUCAUGAGGGGUAAACGAAGUCCCAGUGAAGCACCAUCAUCGCCGCCUUCCUUGUCUCGUUCGCCUUCUCCUCGUGGACAGAGAAAGCGGAAGAGAGCAGAUACGGUGGCUGCGAAAGAUACUCGAGCAAGUACGGUCGAGGAUACGGAUGAACCUAGGACUUCACCAGCAGCCUCUUCUCCUCCUAAGUCAACACGCACGGGCAGAGGAACGAACAGGUCAAUGGGACGAGUUAAGGCAGAUUCUGGGUCUAGACAUCAAAGUAAGGAUACUACGGCGGAUACAGCCGAUGAGGAAACUGGUAGAGAGGGAACAGAAGAUGCUGGUGAAGAGGACGAGCAAGAAGGAGAAGCAGAAGAGGAAAACGAGGGGUCACCAUCACCUAAGCCGUCGAGAGGGAGAACGAAAGGAGCAGCAAGUACGGCAUCAAGUGCGGCACCAACUCGUCGAGGUCGGCGUAAAAGGCAGUGAUAGUCGACAGCAUUACGGUUGGACAGUUAUCGAAUUUGUGUUUGUGGGUUCCAUGUCCAGAUAGCCUUUUUCAUGGCUGAGGGAAAAAGCUCUUGUAGUUCAACAUGUCGGAUAUUUAGAGAUUGGCUUCAAGGCUGAAAUGAGAUUCAAGCAAUAGCAAAAUACGAGUCAUUGGCUGGCUAUUGGCUAUGUCCUGUAC